CGUGUGACGUUACAGUCGGCGGAAAGCUGUUUGUUCUGGAUUCGGGGAGGAAGAUCUGCGCGCGUACCAAAAAGCCACUUAAAAGAGAAGAUUGUCCCCGUGGCGUAACCACCUGUAGCUUGUAUUAUUUCUGAUGGCUGUUACACGGCAAACCUGAACAUGUCCUGCUCAAGGAUUGGAUCAGAAUGUUGGCUCACUUUUGUUGUGUGAGACUACACAUUCAGUACAAGCUUAUUUUUGACUUCACUUAUCAAGCAUCUGAAUUUUAUUUGCUGAAGAGUAUACACUGGAGAAUAAAUUGUUUGACAUUGUGAAUCUUCAAAAUGAGCCCUUUCAAAUAGGGCCUUUGGGAAAUCAAAUCUAACUUUGCAAUCAAACAGAAAACAUCAACACAGAGCCUGGUGAGGUGUGCGAUGGGAUCAGUGGUAUGUCUACGGAGACUGGCCCUGGGACGAGACUGAGAAACUUGCCAGCCAUGGGGGAUGGAUUGGAAGCCACACAGAUGUCCACAGGACAAGGCCAGGGCCUGGCCUCCCAGCCAGUGCCCACCUUUAAUAACCCGUCACCACCAGAGAUUUCUAACCCAGGCCGGCCCAAGCGGCAGACUAAUCAGUUGCAGUAUCUACUAAAGGUUGUUCUCAAGGCACUAUGGAAGCACCAGUUUGCAUGGCCUUUCCAGCAACCUGUUGAUGCCGUCAAGCUCAACCUUCCUGACUAUUACAAGAUAAUUAAGUGUCCAAUGGACAUGGGAACAAUCAAGAAGCGACUAGAAAAUAGCUACUACUGGAAUGCACAAGAAUGUAUCCAAGAUUUCAACACAAUGUUUACUAACUGUUAUAUUUACAACAAGCAAGGAGAUGACAUAGUCUUAAUGGCAGAAACCCUUGAGAAGAUGUUUCUCCAAAAGAUCUCAGAAAUGCCUGAGGAUGAGACUGAAAUUUUGGUGGUCCCACCUACACCCAGAGGACGAGGUCGAGGGAGAAAAGAAGGAGCUGUCAAUUCAAAACCUGGAACAGAAAUUGAAUCUUCAACACCUCCACAAACUAGAGCUUUGCAAACAGUACCACAGACUCCCCAAACCAGAGGAGUGACACAGACUGCCCAAGUGUCGCAGACAAGAGACUCUUCACAGAAUGUCCAGGCUUCACAGAUCAGAGGACCACCGCAGACACCUCCAGCUUCCAUCCAUCGGGUGCCUCCACAAAAUACACAGACUCCUCCACCCCCACAGAACAGGGUGGCAACACAAGCACCGUCAGCUCUUCCCAUAAGAGCUACUCCUCAGCCUGCACCCAACCCUCCUUCUCGAACAGGUUCUGCACCGCCGCCUCCUGCAACUGCACAGCCACCAACUAAUUUUCCAAUAGUUAUACCUGACUGCAUUGUUCAGACACAGGUUAUGACCACCGUGCCUCCUCCUCCUGCUCAGACUGCACUGCCUACUGCCCCAGUUAUUCAGACAUCCACUGCACCAGCAAAGCCUAAGAAAGGUGUGAAAAGGAAAGCGGACACUACCACACCUACCACGAUUGACCAGAUGAGUGAGUCUCCAUUGCCUGCUGAGCCAAAACCUGGUAAAACUUUGCCUAGAAGGGAGAGCAACCGGGCACUCAAAGUAGGUAAAAAGGAAGCUCCUGAUUCUCAACAGUCAACUUUGGCGUUUGAAAAUCCUAGUGGGGCUAUCAGCAGUAACUCUGGAGGAACCAAGCAAGUUGAGCAGCUUCGGUACUGCAGCGGCAUCAUUAAGGAGAUGUUUGCCAAAAAGCACGCUGCCUAUGCCUGGCCUUUCUAUAAACCUGUUGAUGUUGACGCACUUGGGCUGCAUGAUUAUUAUGAUAUCAUUAAGCAUCCUAUGGACUUGAGCACUAUAAAAAUGAAAUUGGAGAAUAAAGGCUACAGAGACGCUCAGGAGUUUGCAGCUGAUGUACGAUUGAUGUUUUCUAAUUGUUACAAAUACAAUCCUCCAGACCAUGAGGUUGUAGCCAUGGCUCGGAAACUGCAGGAUGUUUUUGAAAUGCGUUUUGCAAAGAUGCCAGAUGAACCAGAUGAGCCUUCCAUUCAUGUGCCGACCCCAGUGAUUCCUGCUCCCACCAAACAGCCUGCUAUGGCUCUCCCUCCAUCCUCCAGUGACAGUAGCAGCGAUAGCUCUUCAGACAGUGAGAGCUCCACUGAUGACUCAGAAGAGGAGCGUGCACAGCGACUUGCAGAACUGCAAGAGCAGCUUAAAGCAGUGCACGAACAGUUGGCAGCAUUAUCCCAGCCACAGGCAAACAAACCAAAGAAAAGAGAGAAGGAUAAGAAAGAAAAGAAGAAAGAAAAGCACAAGAAGAAAGUGCCAGAGGAAGUGCCCAUUGUUGAAGAGCAGUCGAAAAAGAGCAAGAUGAAAGAUCCACCAAAAAAAGCCAAGAAGAGCAGCAACAAAAAGGAGCCCACAGCUGUGAAAAAUAGUAAGCCCCUACCCCAACCUCCCCCGCCAGUCUCUGCUGCUCCGCCUCCUGCUGUCUAUGAGUCAGAGGAAGAAGCUGAAAAGUGUAAACCAAUGUCUUAUGAGGAGAAGCGCCAACUUAGCCUAGACAUUAACAAGCUACCAGGAGACAAGCUGGGGCGUGUUGUACACAUCAUCCAGUCAAGGGAGCCCUCAUUGAAAAACUCCAAUCCUGAUGAGAUUGAGAUUGAUUUUGAAACCUUGAAGCCCUCUACACUAAGAGAACUUGAGAGAUACGUUUCAUCUUGUCUUCGAAAGAAGCGAAAGCUACCAGUGGCAGAGAAGACCUUUGAAACAACCCCUGUUGUAAAAGCGAAGGCUGGAACUUCGUCAGAAUCGGAGAGCAGCAGUGAAUCUAGCUCUUCUGAGAGUGAAGAAUCAGAUGCAGAUGCUGCUCCGAAAAAGAGGAAAUUGAAUUCUUCACGUGAACAGAAAAAGCAUCACCACCAUCAUGUUCAAACUGCAGGACCGCCACCUUCACAGCAGCCUGUGGUCCAGCCAGUGCCCCAGCAGCUGAGGCAGUCUCCUCCUCAGUUCUCUUCCCCACCUGUUUCAGUUUUGGAUAGCUUUGACUCCAUGCCUCACUUUGGACAGACUAUGAUGCACCUUCCCCAUCCAAACGAACUACAAGCUCACUUGCCCCCGCCGACUGAGCAACAUGCUUCACCAUCACAUCUCAACCAGCAUGCCACUGUGGUUUCUCCUCACAAUGAACAGCAUCCAUACCUCAGCCAGCAUGCUGUUCUCUCUCCUCCUGCUUUGCACAAUGCAAUGCCCCAGCAGCCCUCAAGACCAAGCAGCAGAGCAGCACCUCUACCUCCUAAACAACCACAACAGCCACAUCAGCAACACCACCAGAUACCCUCUCAGCCACCGCCUUCUCAUCGGACUCACUCGCAGUCUCCCAGCUUGACAACUCAGAGCCUGCUCUCUUCACAGACUCCUUUGUCCUCCCAGCCACCUCAGAUGCUAUUGGAGGAUGAUGAACCCACGCCACCCCACCAUACUAUGCCAGUUAAUCCAAUGCAGAUGUACUUGCAGCAGCAGCUUAAAGCACAGAUGCAACAUCAACAAACUCCGCUUCUUCAGUCUGUCCAGGUUCAGUCACAGCCCCAGCCCCAACCGCCUCCUCAGCCACCUGCUCCUCAGGUUCCUCCACAGCAACAGCAACCACAGCCCUCAACAGCUAUCCAACAGCAGCAGCACCAUCCGCCUCCAGUGCAACAGAGACACCAUCACAUGCAACCACUGUCUUACCCAGCCCAUAUUCAACCACCACCACCGAAUCCAAUUCAGCAGCAGCAACCUCCGCCUUCUGCGCAGCAGCACAAGCCUCCAGUCCAAUCCCAGCAAGCAAAACCACAACAGGUCAUCCAGCAUCACCACAACCCAUCUCCACGGCAACACAAACCAGAUCCCUACUCUGGUGGGCACAUGCGGGAGGCUCCAUCACCACUGAUGAUGCAUUCCCCACAAAUGACACAGUUUCAACCUAUGGUGCACCAGUCUCCCCCUGAACAGAAUGUACAGCCUAAAAAGCAGGAGCAAAGACAUCAGUCAGUGGUUCAAUCACAAUCUAUAGGCGGAGUAAAAGAAGAUAAAGUUCAUUCUCCUGUCAUCCGGCCAGAGUCAUUCAGCUUGUCUGUUCGCCAGGAGCCAGCCAAGCACUCGGACAGCAUUAAGCCUCCUGUUCACAUUCAGCAAAGGUCUGAGCUUAAACCUAUGGAGACAUCACGGCCUGUUAUCCGCCCCUCUGACCAGAGUGGACCAGCUGCUUCAGCUCAGGACAAAGACAAGUUAAAACAAGAGCCUAAAACACCUGUUGCACCUAAAAAGGAUUUAAAACUUAAGAACAUGGGAUCAUGGGCAAGUCUAGUACAGAAAUCCACUUCGGCUCCAUCAUCAACUGUAAAAUCAUCUAGUGACAGUUUUGAGCAGUUUCGAAGGGCAGCCCGUGAAAAAGAGGAACGGGAAAAAGCCCUUAAGGCCCAGGCAGAGCAAGCAGAGAAGGAGCGCAUCAAGAGGGAGCAAGAGAAAAUGAGGAAUCGAGAAGGAGAAGAUGCUCUAGAACAGGCUCGCCGUGUUCAUGAAGAGGCACGCAGGCGGCAGGAACAACAACAACAACAGCAGCAGCAGCAACAGCAACAGCAGCAGCAGCAGCAAGCGGCCCAAGCAGCUCCUGCCUCUUCUCAGUCUCUGAGCUCGCAGCAGCCCUCUCAGUCUCAGCAUCAACAUUCAUCACAGAUCAUGCUGGACCAGCAGAGAGAAAUGGCACGGAAACGUGAGCAGGAGAGGAGAAGGAGGGAAGCGAUGGCAGCUACCAUUGACAUGAAUUUCCAGAGCGAUUUGAUGGCAAUAUUUGAGGAGAAUCUUUUUUAAAGUCUGCUCCCGUUUGUGUCUCCAAAUGGACUCUUAAAAGUACUGUUUCGAAUUUUGCUUUCCAACAAAUCCUUGACGCUCUCGUGUUAAAGCAAGGGGAUAGGAAGUAAAAUUGAAAAAGACACGGCUGGGAGUGGGGUGGGAUGGUCUUCAAGAGUAACAUUGAAGGAUGUUGAGGUCUUUUUCUAGUGCAAAUGGAAGAACUUGUGAAAAGCUGCGGUGCGAACGCGUGUGAGGACUGCAAACAGUGGUGUGAGGUCAAGGGGUCUUGAAUACACAGAAACAGUCUGCCUUACACUUUUGACUUGUGUACACACAAUAUAUAAAUAUAUAUAUAUAAAUAUAAAUAUACACCUGAAAAUAUGAACAAAGAAUGGAGAAUUCAAGGAUAUCCUGAGCACAGCUGU